CGCUCCACUGCGCAGGCGCCGAACACAUCGACAUGAGCGGCAACUUCACCGGGAGCCUCAUGCGCCCCGCCGCCUGUCGCCCACAACAGUCAGCAUCAUCCUCAUCAUCGUCAUCUUCAUCAUCAUCAUCAUCCUCACCUCCACCACCAUCAUCAUCAUCAUCAGCAGCAGCAUCAGUGUGAUGAAGCAGCGGAGGACGGAGACCUUCCUGCUCUGAGACACUGGAUCAGCCCGCAGACAGGAUGACCGAGGUGAUGAACUCUUUGGAGCCCAGUACGGAGGACUUCAGCGGGGGUGGAGCUCCAGCAGAUCAGGGCGCAAUCUUCCCAGAUUCCCACGAGAGGAACCCGAAGCUGUCCAAGCGGCUUCCCUCCAUCGUGGUGGAGCCGACGGACGGAGCCGAGGUGGAGAGCGGCGAGCUCCGCUGGCCGCCGGACGAGCCCAGCUCCCCGGACGGCCGGGCCGAGAGGCCGAGUCCGGAGGAACGAGCUGCAGAUGAGGCGGCGUGGAAUGUCGGCGUGGGCGAAGCGGCUUCAGGGGAGGAGAUGCAGGACUCCAACUAAACAAGCCCCUCCCCCCCCCCCCCCCCCCCUGAUCCACAGCCACUGUGAGUGUGUCCACACGCGGGUGAAUGGAAACGAGUCCGAUGGAAGAGCACGUUGCAUCCGUGAAGAGCAGAGAACAGAUUCCCAAAGCCCGGCUCCAGGGGAGCUUCAAGCCACAGUCGUGAUGGAGAGUUUUUGUGUGCGCUUCCUCGCCUCCUUCUUCUUCUUCUUCUUCUUCUUCUUCUUAUGAGGAGGAGGAGGAGGAGGAAGGAGGUUGUCCUGUCGGCUUAAACAGAUCUUCUUGAACCUUUUCCAGGUUGCCUUUUGGCUUGUUUUUUUUUCAUGAGAAGCUGGAAAUGAACAAAAUACACUUUAACUUUUGGCAGCAGACGUGUUUUCGAUAUCAGAAUUUUAACACUUAAAAAUUGAGUUUUUCCUUAUCUAAUAUGACUAUUGUUAGAUUUCCAGCUUUGUGGUUUAGAUCUUUGCAAUUCGAUGACUGAAAUGUUGUGUUUCUGGCUCCAGGCUGAUUAACAUCUGGAAGCUUCUAAAUGCUGUUUAGCUCAAGUGUGCCAUGUUACUACUACUACUACUACUACUACUACUACUACUACUACUACUACUACGAAAGGUAGCUACUGUACUUUGUGCACAGUUUCUCUAGAUGUAAAUGACAUCACUGUAUGUUGAGUGCUGUAGUUUUGGUGAUGCUUGGUCUCACUUUUCACUUUGUGAACAAUAGCUGCGAUGUUUUGAGAAACGAAGCCUACGUCACUUUAUUCGAUGUUAUUACCACACAUUCUUUAAUAUAUAUAUAUAUAUAAUGAUGUGUCGUGUUUGGUGAUCCCGGUUUGCUGUUCGUUUAAAGGCAGUUCAUUUUGUUACUCAAGUAAAGGAAUAACCAGUUUAUUUUAGACGUGUGUCGUUUGUCAGACAAGAUAUUUUUAAAAGUACUGGAAGCCUAAACUGUUGCACAAGUAAUAAAUAUUUUCAAAAUUCUUAAAA